AUUUUUCACUUUCUCGGCAAACUUCUCUAAAUUCCUACGCCCAAACGAACCCAUCGCGACACGGACGGUGACGGUCGAGGCUGAUAUUUUCCCAACACACUCGUCGACACACUUCGCACACCACUUCGAAGCUAUUCAAGAUGUCGUCGGGCAAGGUCAAGGCUGGUGCGCUCUGGAGCAAGAACAAGGAUGAUUUGACGAAGCAGCUCGCUGAGCUCAAGAGCGAGCUCGGACAGCUUCGCAUCCAGAAGGUCGCUUCGUCCGGCACCAAGCUGAACAAGAUCCACGACCUCCGCAAGUCGAUCGCCCGUGUCCUUACCGUUAUCAACGCCAAGCAAAGGGCUCAGCUCCGCCUGUUCUACAAGAACAAGAAGUACGCUCCUCUCGACCUCCGACCCAAGCAGACCCGUGCCAUCCGCCGCCGACUAUCACCCGAUGAGAAGUCCCGCGUGCUGGAGAAGGCCAAGAAGCGCAGCGUUCACUUCCCCCAGCGCAAGUUCGCCAUCAAGGCUUAAAUCAAAACAAACUUGCAGUUUUCGGGGAUGGCGGACAUCUGGGUAGAAAGGAAACGGGGUAUGGAGGGGCGUGGCGUGCUUUUUCUCUGAAACAAAAGGCUUCGAAAUUUGCAUCGCAUGGCUCAGGGAAUCUCGGUCUGACUUGUACUUGUUUCCCGGUUUUGACCUCGUUCUGGGACGGGAUGUCUAUGAUGGGCGUGCCUGGUCAGGCAGUCUGUUUAAAAAAGAAAAAAUGAGGUCAUGAUC